AUGGCUACGCUGCGCUUCUACGUCUGCUUCAUGCUGACGUUCACUUUGGUUGCUGGUCAGUCGCCGUACUACGUCCUGAAGGCCAGAGAGGCCAUUCUGACCCCAGCUCUGACCAAAUCUCCUGAUAACAUUCUGUGGAAGCACAAUGGGGAAAAAGUGAUCACGUUUGACAGUGCAGAGGAGCGUGUAUUUGCACCAUAUCAUGACCGUGUCCUGCUGGCCUGGGAUACGGCUCAACUCACCAUCACAGACGUGAGAUAUGAGGACAGUGGAGAAUACGAACUGGACGCCAAUGUCAAGGGCCGGCUGUACCGCUCACAGUAUAUGCUCAAAGUCCUAGACAAAGUUUCCAAGCCUGUGAUUACAUGUGAGAUGAGUGAUGAUGAGAGUAGCAGUAAUAGCACUGCUGUCCGCGCCACACUCUCCUGCUCCUCAGAGUCCAUGACUCCUGAAGCUCUGAAGUUUAAAUGGAACCUGAAGGGAAAGAGUCACCUGGGCCCAGUUCUGCCCAUUGCUCUGGGCAACGAUCUCGAUGACAUCACAUACAGUUGCACCGCCAAUAACCCCCUGCACGCAGAGACCAGUGUCUUCACAGCCAAAGACUGCUACACAGAAAAAUCUUCUCAAGUUCUGGAUAUACUUGUACCCAUUAUCAUUGCUUCUCUUAUUCUGUUGGCUUUUUGCCUUUUUCCUUUCAUAUUUCGACAUCAAAUAAAGCGAGCAUGUUUUAUGAACGGAAAGAAUAACGACUUGGAAAAACAGCUACAGGCCACUGCAGCUGAUUCUGCCCAGAAUAAUGAGGAACGCGCUCCAUUUUUGGAAACUGACCUCCAUCGUCAGGAAACCAUACCAUCACAGCAAAGGCUCCCUAAGCAGUCAUCUGUAAGAGAGAGAGGUGAAGGAGGUCAAGGAAAGGUCAAGGAAUUACGUAAAGUAUUCGAACAUCCAGACACGGAUACAGGUCAAACAAAUGUGGGACCAGCAUCUCCAAGCAGCAGUGUGCCGAAAACAUCAGUUGGCCUCAUGGCAUCAGGAGAAAAGUCAGCCUUGAACUCUGAAGAUCAUCAGAAUACAGAUACAGACCCUAAUCACUCUGAUCCAGAGGAAGAUCAGGACUCUGAAGAAGAAGCAGAGCCUACACACACUGAUCAAGUUCAGCAGAAUAUGGAGCCAACAGGGGGGCCGCUGAACAGUGACCAGGCAGAAUCAGAGGCAGACGAGCAUCGUGAAAACCAAAAGAAGGUGGAGCCAGACAAGCCCACCAGGACUCGAGACCAACAAGAUGAUACACAAUCUACAAACAAAGGGCAAGAUGUAAUGGUGGAAGCAAAACAAGAAAGAAAAGAGACUGAUAUAACUUUAACAGGCACAGCUUCUAAGCAGCCAGAGUUUCUUCAGUCCACUGCUGCUUCUGUUCUUCCAGUUAAAUCUGGAAGCAAAGAACAGACUGAUGCUAAUGAAGAAACAAACACAGACAUGGUGGAAGUUGAUCCUCAAAAGGAUCUUUCUAAAAAGGAAACUAUGGUUUUGAAGGAGAAAGAACCAGAGAUGUCACAAGCGUAUCCAGCUCAGAGCAGUUCUCCUCCAGACCAGGGUUUAGCUGCACCUGAGGUCACACAGAGGCCUGAUGGGGGUGAAGACUCGGAUACAGAGGAAAGGGCUCCUCAGAAGGAACCCGAAGAGAGCAAGUCUGCAGAAGAAGAACCAGGACUGGCCAAAAAGGCUGAAAAACCAGAUGCACUUUCACCACAGGCUCCGGUCCAGAGCAGUUCUUCUCAAGACCAGGAUUCAAAACCUGAGGACAGAGAGAAGGUUGAAGAAGAAGCAGAGCCUACACACACUGAUCAAGUUCAGAAGAAAAUGGAGCCAACCCUUUCAGCUCAGAGCAGUUCUCCUCCAGACCAGGGUUUAGCUGCACCUGAGGUCACACAGAGACCUGAUGGGGGUGAAGACUCAGAUACAGAGGGAGUGGCUCCACAGAAGGAUCCCAAAAAGAGAGAGUGUGCAGAAGGACUGGCCAAAAAGGCUGAAAAACCAAAGGCACUAUUACAAAUGGCUCCGGCUGAAAGCAGCUCCUCUCAGGACCAGGAUUCAAAACCUGAGGACAAAGAGAAAGUUGACUGUGCUGAAGAUUCAAACUCGGACAGUAUUGGAAAUCCACAUGCAGACCAAAAUGUCACUCCAGAUCAUAAAGAAACCGAAAGUAAUGACAAAUCUGAACUGAGUAAUAAAGUAAACUCACCAGCUGAUAACACGUCCUCAGCUCCCCCUUUUGACGGCCGUCCACCCCCAGAAUCAGACAAGGACCAGCCUCUGACCUCUGAGCCCAGCAGUGUGAAGGACAAAAGUCAUAAAGAAAGGGACGCAGACACCGUGGAACCACAAAUACAGGACUCGCCCAGUAAGGAAUCUGAAGAAUCAAAACUGACGAGAGAGAAGGUACCAGCGGCCACGUCGAGCAUUCCAGUUAAAUCUGGAAGCAAAGAACAGACUGAUUCUAAUGAAGAAACAAACACAGACAUGGUGGAAGUUGAUCCUCAAAAGGAUCUUUCUAAAAAGGAAACUAUGGUUUUGAAGGAGAAAGAACCAGAGAUGUCACAAGCGUAUCCAGCUCAGAGCAGUUCUCCUCCAGACCAGGGUUUAGCUGCACCUGAGGUCACACAGAGGCCUGAUGGGGGUGAAGACUCGGAUACAGAGGAAAGGGCUCCUCAGAAGGAACCCGAAGAGAGCAAGUCUGCAGAAGAAGAACCAGGACUGGCCAAAAAGGCUGAAAAACCAGAAUCAGACAAGGACCAGCCUCUGACCUCUGAGCCCAGCAGUGUGAAGGACAAAAGUCAUAAAGAAAGGGACGCAAACACCGUGGAUCCACAAAUACAGGACUCGCCCAGUAAGGAAUCUGAAGAAUCAAAACUGACGAGAGAGAAGGUACCAGCGGCCACGUCGAGCAUUCCAGGGUCAGAGACGCAGGAGCCCACACACCCACCAGACUCCACUUUGAGUCCGCCCACUGAUGAAAAUGAGGAACCCAAGGACGCUGCUGCUGAGCCGAAAGAUGAGGCAGACAAAGCACCGCAUGUGAAGCUGGAUACAGACAAACUGUAA